AUGACAGACGACUUAAGUUGCCUGCAGGCACGCAUAGAAAAUCUUCAAGAUGAGUGGCAAGCCCAGCAGGAACACAUGGGCCGUAUGCAGGCCGAAAUGUACAAACUAAGAAGACAAUUAUCGCACCAGAGCUCUUUUUGCGCAUCACUAGGAGCCGUUUUAGGACAAUUGGUAUGGAAAGCUUCACAAGUGGCAAUAGUAGUCGAAAAAAUGCUUGCAGGAUUUCAGAACAAAGUAGGUGAUUUUUUCUGCAUUGUUGAGGGUACCUUAGCAUCAUUUCUCGAAACGUACAAAGGGUCCAUGCCUGGUCCAGAGUCAGACGAGCGACAGUUUCUUUUAUCCAUGUGCGGAGUGAUCACUAAUAUAGCCGCUGUACCUCAGGGAAGAGAAUUCCUAUGCGCCAGUCCAAAUGGAUUGACCUUAAUACAAGCUAUUUUAAAAGCUAUACCAGCCGUCCCGUUACCUAGCGGAAGAGAACUUAAAAGGUAUUUGUUUCAUAUGUUAAAUUGUUUUCUAAAUAUUGAACUUCACAGGGAUAAUUCUGUAUAA